AUGAAUAAUUUUAAAGAUCAAACUUUAUGUAAUAAACACAAAAGAGAGGGAUAUAACUUGGGGUCACGUUAAUCUUAGCUCUAAAAUCAAGUUUAAUGUUAGAUAUGUUAGGAAGAAAAAUUUUAGACUAAAAAUAUUCCAAAUUAUUAAAUUCUUUAAUAAUAAUCAAAGUAAAUCAAAACUUAAGGAACUAGGAUUAAUUAGGAUAAGAAACCAUUUUCUUACAUUCUAGAACCUAAAUUCUCAAAAAGGUAGGAGGAAAAUUGUUAUGCUAUUGAGAUUAAUGAAGAUAUGACAUUUAUGAUUGUUGGAUGUAACAAUAGGAUUAAAAUUUAUCAAUUUAAUUAAGGAAAUCUUAAGGAAAUUUAAGUUCUUGAAGGUCACACUGAUAAUGUAACAACAUUAAGUUUCAUGAAUACUUCAAACGACAUUAUAUCUGGUAGUGAUGACAAACAAAUAAUUAUAUGGUAGCAUGUUAAAGAAUAGAUCUGGAAUAUUUCUUAGAGAAUAAUUGGACACUCAGGAUAAAUUAAUUGUGUAAUAAGAAAUAACAACGAUGAUCUUAUUGUUUCUUGCAGUUGGGAUAAAACUAUUAAAUUCUGGGUAAAAUAGAAUCAAUGGGAAUGUUGGUAAACAAUAUCAGAGCAUACUGGUAGUGUAUUUUAAUUAAGUUUCAACUAAAAUCAAAAUAGAUUAAUAUCAUGCGGAAUUGAUUAAUUCAUUCUAGUAAUGGAAUUAUAAAGUUAAGAUAACAAAUGGAUAGUAAUUAAGAAGAUUUGGACUAGUUUGUAGGGAAAUCGAUUGUGUUUUCUGAGUGAUAAACUUUUUGCAUUUCAACCCGAUAAUAAGGAAAUCACUCAAAUAUACGAGAUUAAUAAUUCAAAGAAAUAGUAUGAGAAAAAAAAUGAGAUGACAAUAUAAGGGAAAUUAUGA